CGAUUUCAGCAAAAGGGGGACUGAGUGGGUAGAUUAAGAAGACACCGAAGUGAAAUGUUUACCCUUCUCUGAAUACAAGUUUCAUCGCCAUCUAUAUUUGGGUCUUGCAUGCAAUGACAGGCAGGCAAAUGACAGGGCGAGGAGUCGGUCGACUCUCACAGGAAGGAUCCGUGUAAAUAGUGUGCCGUUUAGUUCGGGAUCUGUUCUCCACAUCCCUGCCCACUUUACUAGGUUGAGGUAAUGGCGGUUCAGAAUAGAGGGAAAAGCUUUCUGAAGAGUCGUUUUAAACGCAGGGAGUCAUUCUGCUGCUUUAAUUUCUGGUUCUGGAAACCUAAACUCCGUCUCCAGCCACCCUUCACAGCCCCUCUCAUUUUGUUUUUACAGGUAGUCCUGCAGAUUUGUGGAGUUCCUGAGGGUGGCUACCUGAGGAACCAUGGGAGUUGGGAGACAUUUUUCUUACUUAUCUCCUGAUUGUUGAAAAGGAGAUGUUAGGACCUGAAUUGGUGUGACUUUUCUGCAGCUACAGGACUGUUCUUUGGUGUGAAGGAUAGCGUCUCCGGAGGGCCCCUGCUCUGAGGGGCGGCUGGCAUAGGUGGUGAAUGAGGUUUGUUUCUUCAUAGGUUCCUGUAGAAAUCUGUAGGUAGCUGUUCACUUUGAAUUUAAUUAAGAAAGAGAACGAAGACAAUUCAUUUGGAUCCAAGGUCUGCCUGCGGUUUCAGCUGUAGGGCUUAUCGACGCUGGAAGCAAGGAAGGAGAAAAUUAUACCAGUUCAAUGCAGAUCUAUCUCCAGCGGUGGCCGUGGUGGCCUUGGAGUGGUGGAAGAUGAUCGCUUUCAACAGGUCUCCACUCGGAACCAUCAUCUUGCUCAGCCUGAGCACCUCUGCCCUCUGUCUGUGUCAUUGACAGGCUGCGUGUUUGGAAAGGACCGUGAGGCUGCUGAACUGACAAUUGGCUCUGCCUCUUGCUACAGAGUUUUUCUCUGACCCAGUGAGAGUGUCAAGACACGGACCUGGGACACGUUGAGAACCAAGGCCAAGGCUGUCUAUAUAACUGGGUUUCGGCCAUGACUAGGAGUAGAAAUAAGGCCAGAACUGCAAAAAAGGCUGGUAUAAAAGCUGAAGCGAAGAGGGAGGUUGCUGACGUAGGCAGGCCUGUAGCCAAGACCCAGGCCAAAGCAGUAGCCAAGGCAGGGUCUCCGGCAGAUGCAGUGGCAGACAUGAAGGCAGUGUCUAAGAACAAGAUUGCUAUCAGUCCCAAAGCUGAAGACAAGGCUACUAGAGUAUCUCGGUUUUGUUCUGUGGCUGAGGCUAGUGCUGGGUCCAGGUCCGUGUAUAAAGAUGAGGCUGGUAUUGAUGCCUGGUUCUGGGCUGGGGACGAGACCAGUGUUGGUUCCUGGUUCUGGAAUGGAGAAGAGACUGGCGAUCGUUCCAGUGCUAAGGAUGAAGGUCAAGCUGAUACUGGUCCCCCGGCCUGUGCUGGGAAGUCGGAGCCUGUGUUGGCUGGGCCUAGCUGCAAGGCUAGGCCAGGGGCGGAGGAGGAGGUGGAGGAGGAAGAGAACGUUAUUGGGAACUGGUUUUGGGAUGGAGAUGAAACUAGUUUUGACUCUAGUCCUCGACCUGUGAGUAGGAUAGUUAGGCCCCAGCCUGUGGAUGAAAUUAACGAAAAAAAUAGGCCCAAGGACUGGUCUGAGGUAACUAUCUGGCCCAAAGCUCCUGCCGUCACCCCAGCAGUGUUAGGAUUUAGAUCCCGAGUCCCCUCUGAGGCAAGGCCUCCUUCAUACAUUGUUCUGGCCUCAGCCGAGGAAAAUACUCAUUCUUUGCCUGUGGCAACAGCAUGUUCUGGGAGCACUCCCUCAUGCUCACAGCCUAGCCCUGAGUACCCCUUUGGUUCCGACCCUUGUAUUGAGACCAUAGAGGAGAUCAGACGCCAGAUCAGGAUCAGGGAGGCGAAUGGGAUUAAGCCAUUUGCUUGCCCUUGCAAAAUGGAAUGCUACAUGAAUUCUGAGGAAUUUGAAAAACUGGUUACCUUACUUAAGUCAACUACUGAUCCCCUCAUUCAUAAAAUAGCUCAGAUCGCAAUGGGGAUCAAUAAUGUUCAUCCGUUUGCGCAAGAGUUCAUUAAUGAGGUGGGUGUAGUCACACUUAUUGAAAGCUUGCUCAGUUUUCCUUCCUCUGAAAGGAGGAAAAAGGCCGUAAUUACCCUGAAUCCCCCUUCUGGGAAUGAAAGACAACGCAAGAUUGAAUUACAUGUUAAGCAUAUGUGUAAGGAAACCGUGUCUUUUCCCUUGAACUCACCCGGACAGCAGUCGGGAUUGAAGAUACUAGGGCAGCUGACUACUGACUCUAACCAUCACCAUAUUGUCGCCAGUUACUUUUCAGAGCUUUUUCAUUUGCUAUCCCUGGGAAAUCAUAAAACCAGAAAUCUUGUUUUGAAAGUAUUUUUGAAUUUGUCUGAAAACCCAGCUGCAGCCAGAGAUAUGAUCGAUACAAAGGCGUUAGCAGCAUUAAAACUUAUCUUUAACCAGAAAGAAGCAAAAGCCAAUCUCGUUAGUGCCGUGGCCAUAUUUAUUAACAUAAAGGAGCAUAUCAGAAAGGGCUCAAUUGUAGUUGUCGAUCGCUCAGGUUAUAAUACACUCAUGGCCAUUUUCCGUGAAGUUAAAGUGAUUAUCGAAACGAUGUAAAAUGAGCCAGAAAUAAAGAGAACACUUUGAACGAUCGCCAAACUCUAAAAGGCUGGCUGUCCUCAAAGAGCGUUGCAUAAUGUUUUGUUCAUUACAGUGUGCACAUUAUACAUUCUAUCUUUAACAGUAUUACCUGUGACGGUGUCUAGGUUUAAGCUUGGACCAUUUUUCAAAUGAAUAUCACAUCGUGAGCUGAAAACGUCUGAUUUUUAUCUCGUGUAAAGAUAAAAGGGGCGCGUUCUAACAUUUUACUUAAUGAACCAGUUUAUCCUAAGUAAGCUUACUUGUUCAUUAGUUUCUGCUUAGAUCAUUUGUGGCUUCAUAUCGCAGAAAAAGAAUAUCCUUGAACAUAUAGUGUGGUUCAAGUAAGGCAUGUGCACACUGAUGCACUACCUGCAUCAGAUAACUCAUUCUACAAUACAGAAGUGGCCCGGAGGAGUCCUAGAUAAAAUGUAAUACUCAGUUUUACAAAUUUUGUUACUACAUUUAUAACUCUUAUAUUUGUUAGACUAUUCAUUUAUGUCAGUCAUCUCACAGGAGAGAAAGGAGGUAGGUGUAGGGAGGAAAUAUUUCCUGAGUAUCUGCUCUUUUGUCAGGUACUGUGUUUACACUAUAUUUUACAGGUUUUUUUUUUCCUCCCCCCUUCUCGCAGUGGCCCUGUGAGUUAGAUACUGGGAGUUUUUUUAUUAUUAUUAUAACUCAUUAUUCCGGAUCACCUCCAAAGAGAAUUAGGUUAAAUGCUUUUUCCUAGAUCCCCAUAGCAGGCAGGUGGCAUAGCUGAUUCGUCUGAUAACCAAAACCCACUCACUAAGCUACCUUGCCGUCCUCACUUUUCUUAGGUGGUGGCCUUGGAGGCUCAGAGACUGGGUUUAAUGAUUCUCUUUGCUGUGGAUAUUGUCCCUGCCAGCCUUGCAGUUCUUUACUUCCUCCAAAUUCACACGUCCAUCGGGGAUUUGGCUUUACCUCUCUGGGAUGAGUGUAUGGAUUUGAACUGGUCGUGUCUGGAAAUAGUUGGUGCCCAAAACUAUUGAAUGUGUAAGAUGUCAAUUUGGAGUCAUCGGCAAACGAAGUUUGCUGUAUAUCCUUCCUAAAUUUUUCAAUCUGUAUGUACUCCCCCCAAAUAACAAAUCAUUCUGUACAUUGUGUCAUACAUUAUAAAAGAUAAUUGCUUUCUUCCUCCUUGCAAAAAUCAUAAAUUUUUUAUCAUUUAUAACUUAUUUCAUAUGUGUCACAUGAAAGGCCAGAAGGCUCUAUCUUUUACUUAGUAGACUAGCCCACUUCCUGCUUUUCUACCAGCUAAAACUGUACUAGAUAAACUUCAUUGGAGAAAUUUAGACCCAGAACUGCAGCCUCAUCAACACAAACCAGGAAAGCUAGCAGAGACGCUGCUGCCUCAACCAACAUGAUAGCGAUUCCUGGAAGUCUAUAUGGUUCAGCAUCCCCAGGACUUUUGGGCUAUGGCUGUGAUCUCUGAGGCUCUUGAUAAGCAUUUACAGGCCCUGGUCUGAGCCGAAGGGACUGUCUCGGUGUGUGAAAAUAUUGGGUUAUGUGCUUUGAGAUUUUUAAACAGUCAAGAAACUAAAUAUCCUAUAAAUACUGUUUGUAUUGUAACCUGCUUUCCCCCAGUAACUACGUUGUGAAUGUCUUUCCAUGUUAAUAAAUACGCUUCUACAAUAUA